GGAGUUGCAGCCAUGCCGGGCCUGCUGCUGGGCGACGAGGCGCCCAACUUCGAGGCGGAGACCACGCAGGGCCGCAUCCGCUUCCACGACUUCCUGGGAGACUCAUGGGGCAUCCUCUUCUCUCACCCGAGGGACUUCACGCCCGUCUGCACCACUGAGCUUGGCCGGGCGGCAAAGCUGGCACCCGAGUUCAGGAAGCGCAACGUGAAGAUGAUCGCCCUUUCCAUUGACAGUGUCCAAGACCACCUCUCCUGGAGCAAGGACAUCAACGCAUACAAUGGAGAACAACCCAAGGAGGAACUUCCCUUCCCCAUCAUUGCUGAUGCCAACCGGGAGCUUGCUGUCAAGCUGGGCAUGCUGGACCCAGAUGAACAGGACAAGGAUGGGAUGCCCCUGACGGCUCGUGUGGUGUUCAUUUUUGGCCCAGAUAAGAAGCUGAAACUCUCCAUCCUGUACCCAGCCACCACUGGGAGAAACUUUGAUGAGAUCCUGAGAGUGGUGGACUCCCUGCAGCUGACAGCAUACAAGAAGGUCGCUACCCCUGUGGACUGGAAGCCUGGUGACAGUGUCAUGGUCGCACCCACCUUACCUGAUGAGGAAGCCAAGAAGCUCUUUCCCAAAGGAGUCUUCACGAAGGACCUCCCAUCAGGCAAGAAGUACCUGCGUUACACCCCGCAGCCAGAGUGA